GCCUUGAGCAGAAAGACAGAGAAACAGCAACUGUACAAAUUUGUCCAACAAUUAAAUCAAUUUCCCUGGUGCUUUUGAGCAAACUGCAGGCCAGCAGGAGGGCCCAGGCCAUGAGCUGCACUACAACGUCUCCAGCAGCUCCAUUGUUUGAUGAGGUGAGGCAGCUCCAGGAGGUCCCAUCCAGGAGGCACCUUGGCUAAGGAGCUGCCUGUCUUUGUACAUAGCCAACGACUGUGUUUCAUCACUUUCUGUUAGAGAAGAAUUCACUAGUUACUCUUCCAAAAGCUUCCAAAUUUCUGUCGCCUGCAGUAAGUCUGUACAGGGAGCUCAAAGGGUGGACCAUUGCAAAGCCACAAGGUACUGGACAAUCUUCUCCUAGGACUCUUCUGAGGGAGUUUGUAAGCUUAAGUGGCAAGACCGUGAGACUCUAUUUUAGUGCAAUAUCUCACAUCUUUUUAUCAUUUCUAUCUGCCUCUUCUGCUGCCGAUGUCCUUACAGCAUGGAUAACUGCAACAUGCCCUUAUGGAGAUGUCCUUACAGCAUGGUUUCCAAUUGUAUUUAAAACUUGGGUUCCUUCAAAGAAGUACCCAAAGCAUACUGCUGAAAUUUGAAGUUCCUGAAGAAACCACCACUGUCACUGUUCUGAUUUUUUUUUUGCAAAAUGGAAGCCAGAAACACUCACCUUUUUUUCUGGUGGGCAUGUGUAUUCAUCUAUCACUGUACAGAAGACUGGCCUUGGGAACUUGAGGCUUUCUAUAAAUCCCUCAGAGAUUUAUACUGACUUAAAGCUUUGUGGCUGGUAGACAAGAAUUAAUAUUCAACACUGUUGACAGACUUGGGCCUAUUAAGCAUUGUCAUUUGAAUGAUGUACUGCAGGCACACUGCUAAUACACUCAGUAUGGUUGAAGAUAAUUCUACGUUUGCACCCGAGUUCUUUCUCCUGGGCUUCACGAGCCAGGAAAACCUGCAGGUGGUAUGCUUUGUCUUAUUCCUUGCCAUCUAUGUGGUCAGCCUAGUGGGAAAUCUGGGGGUGAUCACAUUAAUCAGAAUCAAUUCUUGCCUGCACACCCCCAUGUACUUCUUCCUCAGCCACUUGUCUCUCCUGGAUGCCUGCUACUCCUCCACCAUCAUCCCUCAGGCCUUGAUGAACUUUUUGGUGAAGAGGAAGGCCAUCUCCUUCAUGAGGUGUGCUGCUCAACUCUUCUCCUUUGCCACCUGUGCCACUGCUGAGUGCUAUGUGCUGGCUGCCAUGGCUUACGACCGCUACGUGGCGAUUUGCAACCCGCUGCUGUACCCUGUGGUCAUGUCCCGGCGGCUCUGCGUUGGGAUGUUGGCGGGUGCCUACCUGGCCGGAGUGCUCAGCUCAGCCAUCCACACGGUUUCCAUAUUCCAUCUCCCGUUCUGCCAUUCCAGGAGGAUCAACCACUUCUUCUGUGAUGGCCCACCGUUGCUAGCCCUCUCCUGCUCUGAUGCCCAGCUCAGCGGGGUGGUGGUUUCUGCUGUGGUGGGCUUCAACAUACUAAGCACCACGGUCUUCAUCCUGGUCUCCUACUGGCUGGUCCUGUCUGCGGUCCUGCAGAUCCGCUCCGCAGCCGGGCGGCACAGAGCCUUCUCCACCUGUGCCUCUCACUUGGCCUCUGUCGCUUUGUACUACGGCAGCUCCCUCUUCAUGUACCUGCGCCCUGGCUCCACAGCCACCUUGGACCACAACAAGGUUAUUUCUGUGCUGUACGUGGUUGUAGUCCCCAUGCUGAACCCUCUGAUCUACAGCCUGAGAAAUGCAGAAAUGAAGAACGCCAUCAGGAAAGCACAAGGUAGAUUGCUCUCCUUGCUGAGGUCCCAUCAGGGCCAGCUGAAAUGAGAGAGCUACGGAGGCUUCAAUAUUACUUCCAAUUACACACCUUCUGGCAGCAAUUUAUUAUUUAGCUAUUAACAAAAAUAAUAACCAACCUCAUUUCAUGCUUCAGAGAGCCAAAGGGAGGACACAAGCGCUGGCUUUGUCCUGCACCUUGCUGCUGUUGACAUCAAAUUGGUCCAUGUCUGCUCGCUCAGGUCUUCCAUUAAUGACUGGCGAAUUUCCUGGCAAUAUGAGGCUGUUAACUGAAUUUUCCAGCAGUUGGCUUGAGACCAUGAAUUUAGGUCACAUGAAAUAAUGCUGUGACAGUGAUUUUUGUUUGAAAUUAUCUUUGAAGUCUGGUCUUGUUUUGUUUUGUUUCCCUAACUUCAACUGCAGGCUAUUUUUUCCCCAAUUCACAUUGCUUUUCCUAUUUCAUGAGCCUUGGUUUUUAGCCUAGUAUUGAAUCGGACAAAACAUAUUAAAGAAAAAAGAGAGGGGAAACUUUUUUCUACCCAGUUCUGGUACAUUGCCAGAACUGACAGUCUGGUGCCUUCCAGCAGAAAAACAAAUUGACAUAAAAAAUAAAAUAAAAUAAAAUAAAAAUUAAAACCAUCUACGUUUCUCCAUGUCACUUCCCCAUCUUUACACAGUUUGGUGUUCUCUUCUGUCUGCCACUUCUGUAUUUUCUAGGUGUCUGGUGCAAAAUUAUCAUUUAAUAUUUGUGCUGUUUUAUAAUAUCUCUUCAUACAGCAGAAGCUUUCAGGAACAUUGUCACUCAGGCUUUAUUAGAGUAAACAUAGGAAGUCUGAGCUAAUUCUGCUGCAUCUUCAAAGCAGCUGUGCAAAAUGAUGGUUUUGAGCAAAGAAAGAGCGUGCCAUACACUCCAUACACUGAAGUGUAUGGAAAAUAUCAGCUGAGAGGGCUCUCCGUGUCAACACUCCAGCAAUUCAUGCAGCAAAUGCUCUGCUAGGUUUGUUUUCAGCAACCUUCAAUGCAACGGUAGAUCAGCAACCAGCUUUCCAUGUUGCUAAUAAAAGGGUUCUGCAGCAAAAGUUUGUGAU